GGUCGAGUGUACCAGACCUGAAUAGUUGUGUUUCGCGAAUAUACCAUGCCUAUGCAACGUUUGUUCGUCCUCUUCACACAUGCGGUGAUGAGACAGGUUGCACUGUAAGCUCCAUCGAGGAUGAAUUAACCCACUUUUCAGCCACUGGGACUACUCCAGUUUGUAUUAGUAUCCUUUGUGCUGUGCUCACCUUUGCCUUAUUUUCACUCAAGUGUGCACGUUUAUUUCCAUCGUUCUGUCUAUUGGAUCGGUUUCAUCUUCCACUCGUACCAUUGUGCACUGCAGUAGCGAAGGAGCUGGGUACAAUGUACAAUGAAAAAUUGCCUAUGGACUUGAAGAAGUCGGCUUUAUUGGAAAAACGCUUAAAUGUUAGAAGUACCAAAGCCAACAGUUUGACGAGUAGAAAUGGUUUACCGCAAAAGAUGCGAACCAGCGACAAAACUGAUGAGAGCUUAAGUCUGGGGAUAGGAAAACAGAACGCACAGAAAACUGACAGCCCUUUGAUGUGCGAUGCUUGCGGAUAUUCUCGCAGUGGAUCAUAUCUUAUACCAAAAUCCAUGCACUAUGAAAACUUGGAAACCAGUGAAGGGAGCACGAUUAGUUCGGGAAAACUUGACGAUCAAUUUGAAAUGUCAUCCAUUUGGCCAGAUAAGAUGCAAAAGCGAUGGUACUAUAGAACCGCAACACAAUCCUCGUGGGAGACUACUAUGUGUGUGCCCUUACACGACACAAAAUUUCUCAGCGGCAACGGAAUAAUUUUGGAAAAGCAGGCUAGCCUAGGUGGUUUUACCUGCAAACUUCCGAAAUUGGAAAGUUACACAGAUCAAUCAUGUAUCAGUCGAGAGAUUCCAUCAUUCAAACAACGGACUGCUUGUGACAUUAUCGUUCGUAAUCUUCCAUCGGAAAUGUCUCAAACUGUCACAUCUGCCGUCGCAAAAGCACAGUCGCUUCCAAGGGCUUACACAAAUGCUUUCAGAUGGAUGUCGGACGACGAAUGCCUACAAAACAACGUGAUGAAAAUGAUCACAUUGGAAAAAGCAAAAUUGGAAGAAUGUUUACUCGUGAAGGGUUUUUUGGAAAGCAUCAAUUUUCUCAACUUUUUGGAUUUGAAGGCAGAAGAAAGACAAACCCAGCUUUCAUACCAGUUAAAAAUAGGAAAUCUCAUGGUUUCACUACUUUGUCCGACGGAAAUCCAUCGACAGAACUUCUUCUUUCAAACAACCCAUCUAAGACACUGCUUACUUGCUUAG